AUGGUUGACAUGGGCAACCAGCUCCUCUACCGUCCAGAAGCGUUCGUGGCAUCCAGCCCACUGGCACAUCUGCGGCCUGACAUCUUGCGGCAGAGUAUUAGAUACCUGAUACUGAUGCGGAACAUUGCUCUGAGCGGGCAUCCAGUGCGAGUGCGGCGUCGAAGUUUGGCAUACGUCGGAAUUGCAAAGCGUCAUAGCGGGGUCCAAGCAUCCGCCGUGACUGCUGUGCAGAUGGGGCUGUUCGAACAUGCAAUCAUUCCACGACUGCAACUCGGUCAAGAUGUCCUGGAACGAGACGCUGUGGGCAGCGACGGGCGAGUUGUGAUGGCUGUCGAGCGACGGUGUGCCACCGUAAUUGGCCUUGAGGUGAGGCGUAGAUGGCUGGAGUACACCCGAAGACCACGGUAG